AUGGGAUCCAAAGACAAGAGCAGCAAGAAGCAGGCCAAGGUGGUUGACGAGGUGACUGACGAGGUGACUGACGAGGUGAAGGCCGAAGAAACGGUCGAUAUCAAGACAAAAACUGACGAGACCAAGUCUGAGAAGAAGGAUAAGAAGGACAAGAAGGCCGAUGAGAGCAAGACUGAAGAGAACAAGACUGAAGGUAAAGCGGCUGACAAGACUGAGUCUGAAAUUGACAUAUCGAAAUUAUCCAAGAAGGAGCGAAAGGCUUUGGAGUUCAAGAAGACCAAAAAGAAGAUCGAGAAGGGAGAGUUAACGGUGGAGGCUCUUAAGGAGGAGAAGAAGGAGAAAAAGGAGGCCAAGAAGGCCGAGGAGGAGGAGAAGAAGGGUUCCAAGAAGCGAAAGCGGGAUGGCGAGAACGGCCCUGCUGCCAAGGCGGCUCGAUUUAUUCUUUUCUGUGGUAACUUGCCUUAUGAUAUCAAGGAGGAGGUGAUUGCUGAUCAUUUUAAGACCUGCACUCCUAACAAGAUUCGAAUUCGAGAUGCCAAGGGGUUUGCAUUCCUCGAGUUUGAGGGCGACGACGCCUCCAGACGGAUGAACGUUGCUCUCCGAAUGCAUCACUCUACUCUUAUGAGACGAAAGAUCAACGUGGAGUUGACUGCAGGAGGAGGAGGCAACUCAUCCAACCGACGAAACAAGAUCCAAGAGAAGCGACAGAAGCUGGACGACGAGCGGUCGGAGCGAAUUGCUAACGAGGAGAAGGCCAAGGCUGAAGCCCAGGCCAAGGCUCGAAAGGACGAGAAGAAACAGAAUCUGGCUUCGGCCCACAAGAAGGCCCACAAGGAGUUUGCUCCCCAGACCAAGAAGCCCAAGACCAGCACUCCCGGUGUCCAUCCUUCUCGACAGGGUCUGAUUCGGUAG